GGUGGGGCGGGGCGGCCGGGGCCGGCCGGUGAGAUGCUGCGGGCGGCGCUGGGCCGCUUGCCGGUACUGUUGACCCGCGCGCGGCCCCGGGGCCCGGGUCCGAGGUGGCUGUGGGGGCCCAAGGCGCGCCUGGAGGCCGAGGGGAGAAGGCGGACCUGGGGUUGGGGCCGGCGGCGCUGGAGCUCUGAGCCGGGACCCGGGCCGGCGCACUACCAGCUCGUCUACACCUGCAAGGUUUGCGGGACUAGGUCCUCCAAGCGCAUCUCGAAGCUCGCCUAUCACCAGGGUGUGGUCAUUGUGACCUGCCCCGGGUGCCAGAACCACCACAUCAUCGCCGACAACCUGGGCUGGUUCUCGGACCUGGACGGGAAGAGGAAUAUUGAAGAAAUCCUGGCGGCCAGAGGGGAGACGGUCCACCGAGUGGCUGGCGAGGGGGCCUUGGAGCUCGUUUUAGAAGCUGUGGGCCCCCCCAGAUCUACCACGGCUACGGGAGGGGCUGAGGACCAGGACCCCAGCCACCCUGGCAAGACGGAGGCCAGCUGACCCACUCUCUGCCUUCGAGAAGGGUGCUCUGGCCGCAGCCGCUCUGGAGGUGCCUGUUUCCUGUCAAUAAACAGAUGUCAUUUGCA